CGUAUUGACAGCUCUAAAUUUAUUACUUACUCCCACGGAGCAAUCCACCUUAUUCAGCUGAAACACUCAAACGGCGGUUGAAGGUAAAGCCGCAUCGACAUGCCUGAACCUCAACAAUGCAUACUUUUCUCAUAGCACGUCUGAGGUGCCUCCAUCUUCCCAAAAAUCACCUUUCUGUUCCUUACACUUUCAAACUCAGAUUCCAACGUUUCAUUUCAACGCGCCUCUUCUCUCGUUAUGCAUUCGAGCAGUUCUCCGACGAUGAAUAUGACUGCGAUUUCGAGAACCACCACGCAUCGUCCACAGUGGUCAACGUGGAUGAAUGGAAAUGGAAACUCAGCAUGCUGUUACGCAGCGAAAAGGACCAGGAGAUUGUAUCUAGAGACAGAAAAGACAGGAGAGACUAUGAACAGAUAGCUAAUCUUGCCAAACGAAUGGGACUUUACAGUGAGUUGUUUGGGAAAGUGGUUGUUGCAAGCAAGGUGCCUCUUCCUAACUACCGACCAGAUUUGGAUGACAAACGUCCACAAAGGGAGGUGGUGGUUCCACUAAGCUUGCAAAGAAGGGUUGAGGGUUUGUUGCAGGAGCACCUUGAUAGACUUCAUUUGAAUUCUGAAAAGGCAAUUGGCAAGGGGGAUUAUGUUACACCCCCUGGUCAGGAUAAAGAUAUAGAUUUGGAUGAAAAUGCUGAUUCAUUUGUGGAUGGAUCUGUUAUGGAAAAGGUUCUCCAGAAGAGGAGUUUAAGGAUGCGUAAUAUGCAAAGAUCUUGGCAGGACUCACCUGAAGGAAAGAGGAUGCUGGAAUUCCGGAAGUCUCUUCCAGCAUUCAAAGAGAAGGAAGGUUUACUUCAAGCUAUAGCUCGGAAUCAGGUGAUAGUAAUAUCUGGAGAGACUGGCUGUGGUAAAACUACUCAAAUUCCUCAGUAUGUAUUAGAGUCAGAGAUAGAGUCUGGCCGUGGAGCAUUUUGCAGCAUUAUUUGCACACAACCUCGAAGGAUAUCUGCCAUGGCUGUAUCUGAGAGAGUGUCAUCUGAGAGAGGCGAGCCUCUCGGUGAAACAGUUGGUUUCAAAGUUCGAUUAGAAGGAAUGAAAGGAAAAAACACCCAUUUGCUCUUUUGUACCAGUGGUAUAUUACUUCGAAGGCUGCUGAGUGAUCGAAACCUGAACGGUAUAACACAUGUUUUUGUUGAUGAAAUUCAUGAGCGAGGCAUGAAUGAAGACUUCUUACUGAUUGUGUUGAAGGAUCUUCUUCCACGUCGUCCAGAUUUAAGAUUGGUUCUAAUGAGUGCUACCUUGAAUGCUGAGCUUUUUUCUAAUUAUUUUGGAAGUGCACCAACGUUUCAUAUUCCGGGCUUCACCUAUCCUGUGAGAGCUCACUUCUUAGAAGAUGUUUUGGAAAUGACUGGGUAUAAGUUGAAUUCUUUCAACCAAAUCGAUGAUUAUGGUCAGGAGAAAAUGUGGAAAACACAAAAGCAGCUAGCACCGCGAAAAAGGAAAAAUCAGAUCACUGCCCUUGUUGAGGACGCACUUUCUAAAUCGAGUUUUGAGAGCUACAGUUCCAGGGCACGUGAUUCACUAGCAGCGUGGGCACCUGAUUGCAUUGGAUUUAAUCUUAUUGAGGCCGUUCUGUGCCAUAUUUGUCGUAAGGAGCGACCGGGUGGUGUUUUAGUGUUUAUGACUGGAUGGGAGGAUAUAAGCUGUUUAAGAGAUCAGCUUAAAGCACAUCCUCUCUUAGGAGAUCCGAAUAGGAUUCUGCUUCUAACAUGUCAUGGUUCAAUGGCAACUUCCGAACAGAAAAUCAUAUUUGAGAGACCACCUCCUAAUGUAAGGAAAGUAAUACUUGCCACAAAUAUGGCUGAAGCAAGUAUUACAAUCAAUGACGUAGUAUUUGUAAUUGACUGUGGAAAAGCAAAAGAGACCACAUAUGAUGCUUUGAAUAACACCCCAUGUCUACUACCUUCUUGGAUUUCACAAGCAUCUGCUCGUCAGAGAAGGGGUAGGGCUGGUCGUGUGCAGCCAGGAGAGUGCUAUCACCUUUACCCUAGAUGUGUUUAUGAAGCUUUUUCUGAAUAUCAACUUCCUGAGCUGCUCAGAACACCCUUAAAUUCGCUUUGUUUACAAAUAAAAAGUUUGCAGGUUGAGAGCAUAGGGGAGUUCUUGUCGGCAGCUUUGCAGGCACCAGAGCCACGGGCUGUCCAAAAUGCUAUUGAUUUUCUCAAGAUGAUUGGAGCAUUAGACGAAAAAGAAAGUCUUACCCACCUCGGGAAGUUUCUCUCUAUGCUUCCAGUAGAUCCCAAGCUAGGGAAAAUGUUAAUAAUGGGAGCUAUAUUUCGUUGCUUUGAUCCUGUUCUUACGAUAGUUGCUGGCCUUAGUGUCAGGGACCCAUUCCUUUUGCCCCAAGACAAGAGAGAUUUAGCCGGAACAGCAAAGUCUAGGUUUUCUGCUAAGGAUUAUAGCGAUCAUAUGGCUCUUGUUCGAGCAUAUGAAGGAUGGAAAGAUGCAGAAAGAGAAGGGUCUGCUUAUGAAUACUGCUGGAGAAAUUUCCUCUCUGCCCAAACCCUUCAGGCUAUCCAUUCACUUAGGAAGCAGUUUAACUUCAUUUUGAAAGAAGCUGGCUUGGUAGACACAGAUGCUAGCCUCAACAACAAAUUGAGUCACAAUCAAGCUCUUGUGCGUGCAGUCAUUUGUUCUGGACUCUUUCCUGGGAUAGCAUCAGUAGUGCAUAGGGAGACAUCCAUGUCAUUUAAAACAAUGGACGAUGGCCAGGUUUUAUUAUACGCAAAUUCAGUGAAUGCACGUUACCAGACCAUUCCUUACCCAUGGCUGGUUUUUGGUGAAAAGGUGAAGGUCAAUGCUGUCUUCAUCCGUGACUCCACCGGUGUAUCUGACUCAAUACUCAUCCUCUUUGGUGGCGCUCUAAGUAAUGGGAUACAGGCUGGGCAUCUGAAAAUGUUGGAUGGGUAUGUCGACUUCUUCAUGGAUCCUAAUUUAUCUGAUUGCUAUUUGAAGAUGAAGGAAGAGCUUAAUAAGCUUAUCCAAAAGAAGCUUGAUGAUCCUAGCAUUGACAUUCACAAGGAAGGAAAGUAUUUAAUGCUUGCAGUUCAGGAACUGGUUACAGGGGAUCAAUGUGAAGGAAGAUUUGUAUUUGGCCGUGAAAGCAGGAAGCCCAAGCCCUCUAGCGACGAGAAUAGAUUUACAAAAGAUGGUACGAACCCCAAGAGCUUGUUGCAAACACUGUUGAUGCGAGCGGGUCACUCGCCACCUACAUACAAAACAAAACAUUUAAAGACAAAUGAAUUUAGAGCAUUGGUGGAGUUUAAAGGCAUGCAAUUUGUUGGCAAACCAAAGAGAAACAAGCAGCUUGCAGAAAGAGAUGCUGCUAUAGAGGCAUUGGCUUGGCUGACUCACACCUCUGACAAUUAUCAACAAGAAGAUGAUAACUCUCCUCCUGAUG